AUGGCUCGUCUCCGUCGUGAUACCCAAGACUCAGCCGGCAUGACCCUCCAGCGCCCCCUGCGCGUCGUCGCGUCCGGCACGCUCUUCCUCACGAAUAACCUCGCGCUACCCACCCACCCGGAGCCCAACUCAGUCGUCCGCGCGCACUCGGUCUUACGCGUCAGGGGAGGAUCCGCAAGCACAUGCAUGUCAAUUGCCGCACAGUUCCCUGCUGUAGAGGCCAUGCUCGUUGCGCCCCUCGGCGGGAACGAUGAAGGGCGUAUGAUCAUCAACGAGCUCGAGCAGGAGCGAGUGAGCACACGAUUCUGCAAGGUCUGGCAAGAAGCUGGGGUACCUAGUGCCUGGGUCUUGCAAGCAGAUGACACAGAUAGUCGUACAGUUAUUAACAACAAUCCCCUCCCCGACAUCACGCACGAGGAAUUCAUCUCUCUUCUGGGACCGCUACUGGUUCCGGAAAAUUAUGCAUAUAUGAACACACCCGUCCCAGCGACGCCUCCGGCCACAGCCCAGCAAACACCUGCCAACGGUAACUUGGCCCCGGGAAACGCCGCGCAAUCCCGACCGUCCACCUCUGCAGGGAGACCACCCAUAAAUAGCCCUGCACCCGUCGAUUGGAUCCAUUUUGAAGGACGCUCGGUUAAGACGACUCUGAGUAACAUCAUGGGUCUUGACGGCCUCGCGCGGGAGCGAAAAUGGAGGAGCCAUUGCGUCUUUAGUGUGGAUGUCGGUCGACGUGCACGACAAGGCGUCGAGGCGCUUAUCCCGCAUGCCGACGUGAUAUUUUUGAACAAAUAUUACGCGCGUGCCCAUUCGCCCCAGUACGCGGCCUCGCCACGAGCCUUCCUGCUUUCCCUUACCAGCAUCGCACCCCGACAUGCCCUGCUCGUCGCCCAUUGGGGCAGCGAUGGCGCCGCAGUGCUCUCCGUCCCUACCAGGGAGUACUUUCAAAGCACCGGGUGGGUCGACACAAGCACGCCGUCCUCGGCAAAUGGUCCCAUGAUGUCGCCCAGGGCGGGCGGACCAGAAGAGACUGACAACCAGUCGGUACGGUCUGGGAGCGACUACUGGGCGGGUGACCACACAGAGUCCUCGAGCACGUUCACCGCCGACCUGCUCUCUUCUACACCGCAGCGGCACGGGCGGGGAGCUGCCUACGAGGAGACGCCGAAGCCCGCCAAGCAGAAAGGCGGUCGCGUGAAGAAUGGGAAGCGCGCUGCAUACAGGAGCCCCGACCGGGACGAUGGGGACUCGUCCGACUCGGACGGAACGAUCGCGGGGCACGGCGGUGGGCAGAGACAGAACGCGGAUGCACCCCGAGGCCGCCCCCAGCCUCCUCCUUCCAAUGAAAUUGUGGACGAGGUUGGGGCACAGGACGCGUUUGUUGCGGGAAUGAUGUGGGCGCUGAGUCGCCGCUUGCUUCCGGGCGAGCCGUAUACCCCCUCCGCGGUGCCUAGAGACGGAACCGCCGCAGACGCGGAUAGGGAGAGGGGCCGAUGGCGCCUUGAGGAAUGUUUGCGGUUUGCGACCGAGCUGGCUGGAAGGAAGGGAAGGCGAAAGGGCUGGGCUGGGUUGGCGGAGGAGAUGUCCAACGCUGGAUGGUUUGAUGCUUGA